AUGACACAGGCCGCAACAUCGAACGCAACCUCUGCUGAGACCUCCUACCAUCUCAUUCCGACCGAGCACUGGUCAACUCCGUCGAACAUCUCCAGAUCUCGAUACCACGACUCCCUUGAUUAUCUAGGCUCUCUCGGCGUUGGCAAAGGUUCUCUUAUCUCCUACCGCCACAUGUGCCGCUGGAACAGUGGCUUUUUCUUUCAACAUCCUGCCUUGCAGGACUAUCGAUAUUACUGGCGAGUCGAACCUGACGUCCACUUCUUCUGCCACAUACCCUACGAUCCAUUCUCCUUCAUACACGAAAACAGCAUUGUCUACGGCUUCAACAUGGCAAUUCUAGAAGAUGCACGCUCGUUUCCGAGCCUCUGGCGCACAACACUCGCGUUCACACACGCCCACCCUGAAAUGCUCCACCCUGAUGCGGACUUGAGCUGGCUCGUGGACGACGAUGAAGGGGGAACUUAUGCUAACUGUCAGUUCUUCUCCAAUUUCGAGAUUGGCAGCCUGGACUUCUUCCGCAGCGAAGCCAGCAAGAAGUAUUUUGAAUGGUUGGACGACAGCGGCGGCUUCUAUUACGAACGCUUCGGUGACGCCCCGAUCCACACGCUGGCGGUCGCUUUGUUCGCUGCCCGUAACCAAGUCUGGUUCUUCAGAGACAUCGGCUACCAGCAUGACAGCGCUCGACACUGCCCAGCGGAGUAUUUGCGCGGUCGCGCGAGCCCCCUUGAAGGUCAUGGCCGCAAGGCCGCUCAGCGGCACCACGUCGGACAAAUUGGCAGGCAAACAUCGGGCCGUGAAGCUGGCAGAGGAGGUGGGGAGCGUUGUGCUUGUGAGCCUACGCCAUUGGACGAGAACUUCUAUCGUCUGGUGCCGAUGGAGAGUCCGCAGCGGAAACCGGCGGAUACGUGUGUAAGAUUGUGGUUAGGUGGUGAGUGGCUGAGCAAGAGGGAUGGUUGGAAGAGAGAUAUCGAAGUGCAAUUGGGAGGAGAUGGGUACGGCGGCUACGAGCGAGGGUAG